UGCCGGUUCCAUCUGUUUUCCCUUGAUUCCCCUUAAUACCUAUAAAGCAACUACAUUCAUAACUUUUCGCUUAAACAACCCUUUCAGCUGACAGGGGGCUGCAGACGGGAGUUUGACAGAGGGAGCCUUACGAUGGUUAGGAAGACCCGCAACACCUGUGCCAGCACUGCUACUGUCUCCUCCACCUGUGCCUGUAGCCAGACAGAGUGCCUAAGCAUGGAUGCCUCUACCCAGAUCCUGGUGUGGUUUUGCAAAGACUGUAACUUGCAAUUUCCACUUACUGAUAUCCAGGCUGGGGGGACCAUCCAAUGUGAGAGGUGCCUGCUGGUGGAAUCUCUCAGGCAGCAGGUGGGAGAGCUACAGGAGGAGGUGGCUAGGUUGAGGAGCAUCCGUAUCCAUGAGCAAUUCCUCGACAGUGUCCAUGUGGAGACAGCUGAGGUAGCUGUCCCAGUACGCAGGACUGCUGAUACACCACUGGUGGAGGAGGAGAUGGCUCAGGGUGGACACUGGCAGCUGGUUACUUCUGGCAGCAGGCAGUGCUCCACCCUUGCUCCGAACCCUCCUGCCGUGGUUAUAGGUAACCGUUAUGCUGUUCUUGACACAGGAAAGAAGGAAUCACUCCCUACAGUAAAGGAGGAGAAGCCUCGUACCCCUAAGGCUGGAAAGUCUGCUGCCACCACUGCGAAUAGGAAACGUAGGGUAGUGGUGGUCGGAGACUCUCUGCUGAGGGGGACGGAGGCGCCCAUCUGUCGCCCUGACAUCUCAUCUCGGGAGGUAUGCUGCCUGCCGGGGGCCCGUAUCCGAGACAUUACGGAGGCAUUGUCGAGGAUUAUCCAGCCCUCUGACUACUACCCCAUGCUACUCAUCCAUGUGGGCACAAAUGAUACUGCGCGGUGUGACAUUGAGCGGAUCAAGAGUGACUACAGGGCUCUGGGAGUACGGGUGAAGGAGUUUGGAGCGCAGGUGGUAUUCUCUUCAAUUCUUCCUGUCAAAGGUAGGGGCCCAGGCAGAGACAGAUGCAUCAUGGAGGUGAAUGCCUGGCUGCGAAGAUGGUGUCGCCAGGAGGGCUUUGGCUUCCUAGACCACGGGAUGCUAUUCGAGGAAGGACUGCUAGGCAGAGAUGGCGUUCACCUUUCGAGGAGAGGAAAGACCCUAUUCGGACACAGACUGGCUAACCUAGUGAGGAGGGCUUUAAACUAGGUUCGACGGGGACAGGUGAGCAAAGCCCACAGAAUUCCCCCAGGAGUAAUACACAGCUGCAGUAGAAUCCCUGUAAGUCACCAAAGGAGCGGAAUAUAUUAAAAAAUAGAGAGAAUGCAGCUACUGAUUUCAUUGUAGUGAACAUUUGCAGCAUCUACCAAGGGAGAGGCCAACGUGUCCUUGUUAUCCUUGGGGAGAGUGUUUUUACCCUACUAGGUUCCAGGGUGUUCUCGUACCACCCUUCUGGACUGCGUUUAUGUCCUGUGCCUCGUACAUCUCAGGAACACGUGUGAUUUUGCAAUACCAGCCCUGUGGAACUCCUUGCCAGAAGAUGUUGUGAAGGCCAAGACAUCUAACAGGGUGAGACAAUGUGAUAUAUGCCAUCAUGUGCCAGCAAUGCCCCUCUGCCAUGUACAUUGGCCAAACCGGACAGUCUCUCCUCAAAAGAAUUAAUGGACACAAAUCUGACAUCAGGAAGCAUAAUACUCAAAAACCAGUGGGAGAACACUUUAACCUGUCUGGUCAUUCUAUGACAGACCUGCGGGUGGCUAUUUUACAACAGAAAAACUUCAAAAACAGACUCCAACGAGAGACUGCUGAGCUGGAAUUGAUAUGCAAACUAGACAUAAUCAACUCAGGAUUGAAUAAGGACUGGGAAUGGCUGAGCCAUUACAAACAUUGAAUCUAUCUCCCCUUGUAAGUAUUCUCACACUUCUUAUCAAACUGUCUGUACUGGGCUAUCUUGAUUAUCACUUCAAAAGUUUUUUUUCUCUUACUUAAUUGGCCUCUCAGAGUUGGUAAGACAACUCCCACCUGUUUAUGCUCUCUGUAUGUGUGUAUAUAUAUCUCCUCAAUAUUUAUUUCACUCUGUAUGCAUCCGAAGAAGUGGGCUGUAGUCCACGAAAGCUUAUGCUCUAAUAAAUUUGUUAGUCUCUAAGGUG